CCUCCGAAGCUGAGGUGAGGGGUGACACGUGGCUUGACCCACUGCGUACUCUCACUCAGUCAUUGGGCAAAACCUGACGAACUUGUUCAUCAACAAAGAUAUUCUUAAUUAUUAAAUUGCACGAACUUCAUGUGAGAGCAAUGGAGGUAUUGUUCUCACAAACUGCACCUUUUCUGAAGGAGAAAAACUGGGUGGAGGGACGUGCGUACAUGUAUUUGAGAACAUUUUGUUUUAUAACAGUGUGCCAAAACACGUGCGAACUGUUAGUCAGGACACUAACGUUUCGUAACUAUGUGAUAACAGGUCCCCACAAACUCGACGAUAACAUGCAGGCCAGCGUUUCAGUGACCACAUAGAUGAUAAGAAUUUGGUAUUUAAAUCCACGGAGUAGCGUCAAUCUGUCACAACACCAAGACACCUGCACAAUGUUAAGAGCAGUUUUAUCACUACUUUUUGUCUCGCUGGUAGCGGCUCAGGUGCCAGGUAUUGGCAAGUGUCCGCCAGCCAAACCCAUGACCAGUUUUGACCUUGAAAAGUAUCUUGGCAAAUGGUACGAAAUUCAGCGAUUUUUCGCGGCUUUUCAAGCCGGAAUGGACUGUGUCAGUGCGAACUAUUCCUCCAAACCAGAUGGACACAUUAAGGUUUACAACGUCGGGUACAAAUCUGGAAAGGAGAACGCCCUUGAGGGAGACGGUUAUGCUCCGGAUGCUGGUUCUCCGGCAAAAUUAGCUGUCCGGUUUGCUGCAGGGACACCGUACGCACCGUACUGGGUUUUGGCCACUGACUACAAUACAUAUUCUUUGGUAUUUUCUUGUGAAGAGGUUUUGGGGAUCGGGCACAUUGAAUUCUCUUGGAUACUGGCAAGAAAACGUUCCUUAGAUCCAGCAACUCUAGAUAAGCUUCGUGGAAUUUUAAAGGACAAUGGAGCCAACCCAGCAAAUUAUAAAGACACAAAUCAAAGGAACUGCCCUGCCUACUAGCUCUAAGUGUGCAUAUAUCUUAUCUGCCUGUAUAUAAGUAGUCAUUUGUGUAUUGAUAUGAAUAAGUAUCACCUUAUGUAAUGCCUUGGUGACCAACAGCACUACAAAUUACACAGCUUAUACAGUGUAUAAGCCUACGUAUACGUACAAGCAGCGAAAAAUGUUCUCAGAGGUUACAAUGAGUAUGGUUCAUGUAAUUUUCAUAUUUGUUAAUAGA